UCCUCUAAAUAUUUUGCGUAAACGCUGACGGAGUGAGAGUGCCAUUAGUGAAGGGACUUUAAAGGAUGGAAGCGCAAAUUGGGCAUUAAAAGCUUCGGGACCUCAACCAUUUGCCCAAACGAUUAUUUUAAAACUCAAAUUUAGGGGUUUAGGUGGGACAGGCCGAAGCCACUCUCGUCCUCGGCCUCGUUCUUUCUUCGAUCGUUCCAACUUAGGAGAUGGAUACAUCAAACCCUGCAGUUUUUGUCAAUAUGGAGCUGCUGCGCAUGUAUGUGGGAAGAAAGGUUCGAGCAGUGAUUCAGGUUAUACGAUCUGAAGGUGGAGUCAUAAUUGGAAAAUCUACAGAUGAACAACAGCUGGUCAUAAAAGGAACCCCACCAUCCUUUCCUCUAACAACUUUUGUUGAGGUAAUUGGUAUUGCAGACAGUAACCAAUCCAUCCGGGCUGAAAUAUGGACCAACUUUGGUGACACAUUUGACACGUAUGCAUACAAUCAGCUUUGCCAACUUGCAAAUGGGGAAUAUAAACACUUGUUUCUCUGAUGUAUAGUGAGGUUAGUUCACGAUUGAGCAACCAUUUGCAUCAUUACUUAAACACCUAAUGACAAUGUAUACCAGCAGGAGACAAAGAUGAACUAAGCCAAUUCCUUAGGUUUUGGUACUUUUGCUUCAGGUGCUCUCAUGGACUGAUGGCAUAGGUGCAUGGUUGCUAGAGUUCGUAUCUGCAUUUUGACAACUAUGGAAUCUGCUCCAUUUUUCUGUAAUAUGAUAUUAUUUUUUGGAAAAUUUUAUUGAAGUGGCAGUCAUGUAAAAGAUUGAAUACGAAAAUUAUGGAAUCUGCUCCAUUUUAUUGAA